UCCUACCUGUGGACAGGUGAGGGGAGGGAAACGGAUCACAGAUUACGCUCGGCUUUGUCUGUGCUCCGUUCCUCAUUGUGCCAAAGUUCAGAUCUCACAACAAACGGAGAAAGAAGACACUGAACUUCAGCUCAGACUCAGCUUUCACAUUUAUGAGGACGAGCUUUUCAGAGCUCUUUAAUCUGCAGUGCGCAAAUAAAACCUGUGCAGUUACAGCCAGUUCCUGUUGAAGCAAAGCAUCAUGGUCAACAGGAAGUCAGAGGUCCAGCGAAGGAUCGUGUCUAAAGACGGUCACAACAAUGUUCAGAUCGACAACGUGGAAGGAAUGGUCAAGCUCUACCUGCACGACAUCUGGACGACGGUGGUGGACAUGAAGUGGCGCUACAAGCUCACUCUGUUUGCCUCCACCUUCGUCAUGACCUGGUUCAUCUUUGGAGUCUUCUUUUUCUUCAUCGGCAUGGGGAACGGAGAUUUUGACAGUUGGCACAAUUCUACCCACACACCCUGCGUGGUGAAUGUGAAUACUCUCACCGGAGCCUUCCUGUUCUCUCUGGAGUCGCAGACCACCAUAGGUUACGGUUUCCGGUACAUCUCUGAAGAGUGUCCUCUGGCGAUCUUCACACUAGUGGCUCAGCUCGUCAUCACCGGUCUGGCUGAGAUCUUUGUCACCGGUGCCUUUCUGGCCAAACUGGCCCGACCCAAGAAGCGAGCAGAAACGAUAAAGUUCAGUCAGGUGGCGGUGAUCUGCAGGCACCAAGGCAAGCUGUGUCUGAUGGUGAGAGUGGCCAACAUGAGGAAGAGUCUGCUGAUUCAGUGCCAGCUCACCGGAAAGCUGUUUAAGUCCAACGUGACAGAAGAAGGAGAGAAGACGCAGAUCCACCAGAGCUCCGUAGAUUUCUACAUGGACACCAGUGGAGACUGUCCGUUCCUGAUCCUCCCGCUCACCUUCUAUCACAUUAUCGAUGAGAAGAGCCCAUUGGCAGGACUGACCCCAGAAACCCUGAGCAACCGAAACUUUGAGCUGCUCAUAACGCUCAACGGCACCAUGGAGUCGACUGCAGCCACGUGCCAGAGCCGCACCUCGUACAUCCCUCAGGAGAUCCUGUGGGGCUACGAGUUCAUGCCAGUGCUGUUCAGCUCCUCCAACUGCCGCUACGUUGUUGAUUUCAACUUUUUUGACAAAAUACAAGUGAGCAACGACCCUGCCUUCCCUGGAAGCAGCACAGGAAAGAUAUAACCGAAGCAAGACUGAGAGGACAUUGUGGGAGCUGUUAGUUUUACAGUACUGUGAUCUUACAUGUCAAAUCAACCUCAUUGUUUAUUGAUUAACGUUAUGCCACUUCAUACCUUUGCAAUUUUGAUAAUUUCACACCCGACAUUUUGGGUAUCAAAUGGUACGUUGAGAUGUUCCACCAUUAGAACCAAUCAGAGAAGCUUUGAACCUACAGAUUAUUUAAAUAAACUUUAUAUGUCCUAGUCAUAGUCUAAAAAGACAAAAUCAGUAAAAGGUUACUUACUCUUAGAGUUAUUUUGGUUUGAUCAGAGAUUUUAAUCUGUCAUAUCUUAGAGCAAAUGAGUAGAUGGAUAACUAAGGGAAACAAAGUUUUCAGAUAAUAAACUGAUACCCCAUAAUUUUAGUAUUUGUGUAUAAAACAGUUUGUUUACAGUUACUAAAUCAAUGCAAGAUGGAGGAUAUGAACUGUUUGGUAGUUAUCACACCAAUGCCGUUUUAUAACGUAAAAAUGACAUGAUUUGGCCUCUUGUCAAACCAAAUCUUUUAGCAGACUGUUGUUUCUUUACUAAUCUGAAUACAAUACAUGUUUUUCAAACUGUGAAUUCUGUCAUUCAAUUUUUUUUUCUGAACUGUAUGGCUGUUUGCUGAAAGCCAGGUGAUUUUUUUAUUUUAUUAAAGCAUCAAAUUAUAAGCCUCUAUGGUCCAAACAAGUGUGAUCAUCCGUAAGCCUCAGGCUGAGUUCAACUUGUAUUCGAUAGUCAGAAUUUCCUUGAUCCAUAUAGAAAAAAUUGGAGGGGAAAACCUGCACGGAGUUCAGAUUCCAACCUGGAAACCAGAAAGUCCCUGAGUUCAAAUUCAAUAUGGCUGCCGUUCAAGUAAAACAAACAGAAAGAUGAAGAAAUGACCACUUUUGUGCUUUUCUGAUUGGUUCUACUCAAUGAAACAGUAGCUGAUAAAACAAUGUACAGCAUUUAUCUGUAGACAAAUAUGUUCUGAUUCACUUGUAUUGCUAACUGGGGUUAGCCUGUUCCCUGAGCACUAUUAACAAAUCCCAUAAGUUUUCUCAAUUGACAUUUUUAUAAAUGAAGUUAUUUCUAGAGCCAAGUGGCUUUAAAAUGUGUUGUAACCCUAAAAUCAUUGUGGUAUGUUGUGUGUUGGAAAGCUAAUUUCUGGGACAUUUAUAUUUUCCAGAAGACGGACAUAGAUUUACUAAGAAAGACUUGAUAAUGAUGACUUAAGCCCUUUGUGACGAGGUAAAUAAUGGGUGAGUUAUGUAGACACCGAGACAAAUGGAACCAUUUUGUUUCUUAAAUAUUAUUUUUACUUUCAAACUGUUUAUACACAAGAAAAAUAAAGCCCUCAGAUGUUCAAACGUAGAGUUGUGCUUGUGUAUUUUCUUACACAGGAACCAGUCUACAGAACUGAAACUGAUAUUAAAACCAGACUGCAGAGAGAUCUGAUCAGAAAAACCGUUUGAAUUGAUCACGCCAUGGAGGAAAAUGUUAGCUUCCAGUGGUUAGCUUCCAGAGGUUAGCUUCCAGAGGUUAGCUUCCAGUGGUUAGCUUCCAGUGGUUAGCUUCCAGAGGUUAGCUGAAGGACAAAGCAGGUCCAAGCUGCCACUAACUGUCGCCUUCUGUUGUGGCAACACCGAGCUGCAGCUGCUGGGCGUCUGUAUGUGGUCCAAACAGUCCGAGUCACACAAAGCUGCUGCCCCCUCCGACUGCUUGGCGAGCGGAAGUGAAGGGAAGGCCGGAGCGGCGCGGGAAAAACAAACAAAACACAAAGAGACGUGGCGGAUUUGGGCAUAAACUGGUAUGUGAAUAGUUCGGGUGGAAAUGGAGACAGGAAAUGAGAAAGACAUGGAUGUUGUGACUUCUUUACAGUCAUUUGUUGUUAAGUAUAAUUUGCAUGAUAAGUGACUGAUUUACAUUUAUGUUAUAUGUUAAGCUUAAAACAUGAUGAUUAUUAUUAAUUGAGUUUAACAUGAUUGUAUAUAAUUACAAAAGCUGAAGUGAAACAUUUAAGCGCGAGGCAUGAUUUAUUUGGAUAGAGGAAGUCUUUUAUUUUGAAGAAUGCUUAACAGGAUGUGGUUCUGUCUUUUGUCAGUCUUGCUUCUGUUGAUUUUGGUUGCUAGGUAACGAACAGCUGUCGCCGUUUUCUCCUCAAUAAAAACUGAACAGAAAUGUUCAAGAAAA